CUAAUGAUAUGUUUGUCGGUUAAUGUCUAUCUUUUUUCUAAAACUGCGUCCCCGUUGGGAGGAAGUGGCACGCAUGAUGAUGUGCGUAAAAUACGCACACCUGCUGAAGUCACGUUUUAUUCAGUUUGGUGUUUGAGCAGAAAAAAAACAUUUUCAGAACAAUACAUCAUCCACUGGACGUCUUGACGCACUUGGAGCGAACCGAGCCCGGAUGUUCCGAGCCGGCAUUAAUUAGUGAUUGGGUUGAUCCCCGUAUAAAAGGAGGACGCGCCCACCGCCUCGCAUCGUCUCCACACGAGUCAAGAUGAGCUACGGAUCUGAAGUCUUCUCCUCAUCCUCCUACCGGAGGAUUUUCGGGGAUUCUCCCCGGUACUCCUCUUCUCCAUCGCGCACUGCGAUGAGCACGUCUUCACCACGCGGAGGAUACCGGUCCUCCUCUCUGUCCCGGACCGGUAUUUCAUCCCUGAGCUCAUACAGCAAAAGGUCCGGCCGCUCUUUCUCUAUGCCGCUGGAGACCUUCGACCUGAGUCAGAGCAGCGUCCUCAACAAUGAGUUCAAGAUCGUCCGCACCAACGAGAAGGAGCAGAUGCAAGGUCUCAAUGACCGCUUUGCCAUGUUCAUCGAGAAAGUGCGCAACUUGGAGCAACACAAUAAAGUGCUGGAGACGGAGCUGGUGGCGCUACGCCAGCGGCAGGCGGAGCCGUCCCGCCUUGCGGAGCUUUAUCAGCAGGAGAUGCGUGAACUUCGCACGCAGCUCGACGAGCUAAACGGCGAGAAGUCCCAGCUGCUGAUAGAGAGGGACAGCAUCGACGAAGACCUGCAGAAGCUCAGGGCCAAAUACGAGGAGGAGUUCCGCGCCCGGGAGGAGGCCGAGGCCAUCCUCAAGGCUUUCAAGAAGGAUGUGGAUGAUGCUACCAUGGUACGUCUCGACCUGGAGAAGAAGGUCGAAUCUCUUCUGGAUGAGAUCAACUUCCUCAGAAAGGUGCAUGAAGAGGAGGUGGCCGAGCUGACAGACAUGAUCCAGGCCGCCCAGGUAUCUGUGGAGAUGGAAGUGUCCAAGCCGGAUCUCACCUCGGCUCUCAAAGAGAUCCGCAGCCAGUACGAGUCCAUGGCGUCCAAGAACCUGCAGUCCGCAGAGGAGUGGUACAAGAGCAAGUUUGCGGACCUGUCUGAGCAGGCCAACCGGAGCAACGAGACUAUCCGAGCCAGUCGGGAGGAGCUGAACGAAUUCCGGAGGCAGCUGCAGUCCAAGACCAUCGAGAUUGAGAGUCUGAGGGGAACCAACGAUUCCCUGGAGAAGCAGCUCCGGGAGAUGGAGGACAGGCACGGCGUGGAGAUCUUAUCCUACCAGGAAAGCAUGGUAGAGCUGGAAAAUGAGCUGAGGAACACCAAGAGCGAGAUGGCUCGUCAUCUGAGGGAAUACCAGGAUCUGCUAAACGUCAAGAUGGCACUGGAUAUCGAGAUUGCAGCAUACAGGAAACUACUGGAAGGAGAGGAGACCCGCAUUGGAACAGGCAUAACCUAUCCCAGCGCCCCCUUAAGCACUGGUGUUGGGCAGGGCUACAGCUACCAGACCCGCAUUUACACCAGCUCCAGCAAUAGGUCUAAGAAAGAAAGCAAAGAGGAGGAUCAGCCACAGCAGAGCAAGCCUGCAGGCAAAGUGUCCCAGCGUGAAGUUUAUGAGGAGACCGUAGUCUCCUCCAAGAAGAUGGAAAAGCAGCAGGAGGAGGUCCCCACCAACCAGAAAAACUAGAGAGAUGAAGAAAAUCCCUUCCCUUCCCUUUACCCAAUCAUUGUGAGUGUAGGAUAUCUUCAAGUGAUUAGAGUGCCAGAUCUUCAGGUUUGUGUGAUGUUGAAGAACCUCUCCCCCAUUCUUAUAUAAAACAUACAACAUCUGAGUCUCCCACAAACUCAACACAGAACAGUUAAGUAGCAUCUGUCUUCAACAUUCAGCCGGUCUUCUCAUUCAUCCACCUGCAGGACCAUCGUCAGUUUCUGCUGUACUGCACACAGUCAGCACAAUCCAAAUAUGUGUGUGCAUGUACACAACUUCCAAACAUAUUUUCUGUAAGACCAAUGACACAAUUUGGACAGAAAAUACACACAUUUUAGUGUCUUUAGGGGACAGUUUCUGUUGUUGAUCAAGCAACAGCUCCAUUUUUGCACAACUCAGCAUGACAUCAGUGUGAAGAACCAUCAGCGUCCUCAGUCCACCAUUGAAUAUUUCUAACAUAAGGAGAAAGCUUGAAGUAAACAAUAAACCAUGAGCCCAGCAUGUGGGGUUCAUGCUUGUGUGUCGUCCAUCACUCUGGACUGCAUUUGCCGGAACUGAAGGUGCAAUUACGCAUGUGUGAGUGACAGUUCUUCACAGUUACCGAGGAUCAGAAGCAGCUCGGAGCUCAGCAUCUUGUCACUUAGCAUGCAGAGCACCAACACCAUGUGACCUUGCUGCUUUCUGAUUGUAGCCAUGACUGGAUAAAACAACUGUUGUAGCUGACAUCAAGCCUCCUUUGUUUCUGGUCAAGCACUGCUGCCUCCAGCACAGCAAUCCCAACACACAGGGAGAAGGAGACAAAACCCCAGACUGCUCUGCAAAUGUCUUAGUACUGUACUGUGUUUGUGUCUGUACACUGUGGCCUAUCUCAACUGGACUGCUAUUAGAGGAGUGCAUGUAGGUUCAUAAGGAUCGUCUGAAGAAAUCCAAGCCUUUAAUAGCUCCCACACUGAUAACUGUUAAGCCUCAACUCUGUAGACCAAAUACGUCACCUCUGCAGCACUGCCAGACUUUUCUAAGCUCACUCAUAGAAAAAAAAGCUUUUGACACCAAUCCAUAACCAAGCAUCAGUGUGCCAUAGGAUGAGUAAUGUAGGAUGUAAACUGCCUUAAACACCAACAGGUCCUGGUUUUGUGCUUGUAUGAUUCUGCCCAGUGAAGGUGUUUCAUCCUUUUUAUUUCUAUAGUAGAGAAAGGUUGAGGAUUGAACGUGUAGUUGAUAUGCUGUUCUCUUUACUGUGACUCAUGUAUUGCUGUGUGAAACCAUAAAAUAAAGACUUGUUAUGAUUCAA